GUUUAUCUUCUCCAUGUCGACGUGUUUGGGUAGCAGCACGUUUACAAAAGCACUUUCGUAAAAUGUUUUGUAAACGUUCAUGAGACCUCAAUCUAAAAUCACAACAUACGAUAAAACCAACUACAUAUUGUGAGCAGCCCCAGCAUGGCAAUCUCUAUAGCCAUUUUGGACUGUGAUCUCCUCUUACAUGGUCGAGGUCAUAAGACUCUGGACCGCUUUGAGCUGGACUCAGUCUCAGACACUAUUCUCCUCACGCAGUUUGGCUUUCCUAGACAAUUUAUUCUAUACCUGGUGGAAUUACUCAGAGAGGCUCUUUGUAGAAGAACUCAGCGGUCCAGAGCAAUCAGUCCUGAGGUCCAGGUGUUGGCUGCUUUGGGCUUCUACACAUCUGGCUCCUUUCAGACGUCAAUGGGAGAUACUAUAGGGAUCAGCCAGGCUUCUAUGUCAAGAUGUGUGUCCAACGUGACCAGAGCACUGGUGGAGAAAGCUCCUCAAUUCAUCACAUUCAAAAGUGAUGCCUCCAGCAGAGAGCAGUCAUUCCAGGAAUUCCAGAGAGUUGCAGGAUUCCCAGGCGUUCUGGGGGUGCUGGACUAUGUUCAGGUUGCCAUCAAAGCUCCUAACAGUGAGGACUCAUCAUACGUGAACAAGAAGGGGUUUCACUCUGUAGGCUGCCAGUUGGUUUGUGAUUCCAGAGGAUUGUUACUGAGUGCAGAAACCCACUGGCCAGGUGGACUCAAAGACACAGACGUUCUAGAAACCUCUGCUCUUUACAAACAGAUGCAGGGCACGGAGGAAGGAUGGCUGCUGGGUGACCGACGUUACCCUCUGAGGAAGUGGUUAAUGACACCAGUUGACCACCCAGAAUCUCCUGCAGAGUUUCAAUAUAAUCUGGCUCAUACUGCUACACAUGAGAUAGUGGACAGAACGUUCCGAGCAAUCCAGACCAGAUUUAAAUGUUUAGAUGGAACUAAAGGAUAUUUGCAGUAUUCUCCAGAGAGAAGUUCAUCCAUCCUGCUGGCCUGCUGUGUCCUGCACAACGCCUCCCUGCAGUCUGGAUUAGAUGCCUGGACUCUAGAGAGGACUGAUCCUCUGGAGCAGCCUGAGAGCCUGGAGCAGAGACCCGAGGACCGUGACAGCCAGGCGGAGGACCUUCGAAAACAGCUCAUACUCAAACACUUCAGCUAGUCUUGGCUGAUCCCAAGACUUCAAACUAGAUCACAACUAAAUUAAGAUUCAGACUGUACUUUCGUUUACUUAAUAAAUUACUUUGGACUUA